AUGGCUACAAAGAAGUUUGCGGUUUUCCAUUACCUUGACAUUGGCAGACUGGGUCGGGGGGAGGUAGUCAAUCUUUUCAUGAAAGAUGCUGGCAUCGACUACGAAGAGGUUCGCUAUCCAUGGGACGAGACCUGGCCUCAGAAGAGCAAGACACUCCAGGAACAGGGUAUCACGAGAACGGGGAAAGUGCCCGCGCUCGAAUACCAAGGAUUGAUCCUCACACAGCACAUCCCCAUCCUACGCUAUCUUGCCCGAGACCUUGGCUCUUACGAUGGCGAGACGAACAGAGAGAAAUAUGCGGUUGACUCUGUCGCCGAUAUCUACAUAGAUUGGAGGGCAACCAAUCUGAGCAACAAAACGGACAAGUACAAGGACGAAUAUGUGCCCCAGUACUACAACAUCCUGGGGCAGUAUUACAGCGAUAUCGACGGCCCCUACCUCCUGGGAGACAAGGUCACCUAUGUCGAUUUCGCGGUUUACCAAUCCAUAGAUAAUGAUGAGCGAACUGGGACUCUUCCGCCAUCCCUCCCGAAAUCACUUCUCAAGCUUCGGGAAGCUAUUGAGAAGCGACCCAAUAUUAAGGAGUACAUUUGGAAAACACGCCAGGAGAAGCUCUGA